UGCUGGAGGAGCCGAGCCGGAGCCGAGUCGAGCCGGAUCUUGCUCGAGUCGAGUCCCAGCCGAGUCCUCAGGCCGCCGGCCGUGCCUCCCAUGCGCCUGCCGAGCAUGUCCCAGCCCUUCCUCCUGGCGCCCAUCGCUGAGUGCGCCCCGGAGCCCCCCGGAGCCCAGGUCCGGCUGGCGGUGCUGGGCGCCCGCGGCGUCGGCAAGAGCGCGAUGAUCGUGCGGUUCCUGACGAAGCGCUUCAUCGGGGACUACGAGCCCAACACAGGAAACCUUUACUCCCGGCUGGUCCAUCUGGAGGGCGACCACGUUGCCGUGCAGAUCCAAGACACGCCAGGAUGCAUCCAGGUGCAGGAAGACUGCGUGCAAGUGCUGGACUCCCUAUCCAGGUGUGUGAAGUGGGCAGAGGGCUUCCUCUUAGUCUACUCCAUCACUGACUACAGCAGCUACCAGUCAGUCCAACCUCUCUACCAGCACAUCCGCAAGGUCCACCCAGAUGCCAGGACUCCCAUCAUCAUUGUGGGGAACAAAGCAGACCUCCUUCAUGCCAGGCAAGUGCAGGCAAAAGAGGGACUACAGCUGGCAAAUGAACUGGGCAGCCUGUUCUUGGAAAUCUCCACAAGUGAUGACUCCCAAGGGGUUUGUGAUGUUUUCCAGUAUCUUUGCAAGGAGGUCAGCAAAUUACAGCAUGCCAGUAGCACAGACAAGAGGAGGUCAUCCAUCAUCCCUCGUCCCAAAUCUCCCAACAUGCAAGAUCUAAAGAGACGUUUCAGACAGGCUUUGUCUUCCAAAGUUAAAUAACCCUCCCUGAUGAGAUCCUCUGUGACUCAAUAGACUUUAUUUUUGUAAACUAGAUAAUAAAAACCUUUAUUUUUAUACUAAUGCCAGCAGUAUGGAAGUAAGUAUGCUGA